AGUACAUAUCACCAUUUUUUGUUUCGAUUAAUCGAAUUUUUCGGUUCGGUAAAUUCAGUUAACCGAAACCGAACCGCUUCCCACUUUAGUUAGUUAUUUUUCACAGAGAAAAAUCUUCAACUGAAAGACAAUUUAAGGAGGGAAACUAACGACUUAUCCUCAACUGAAAUGCAAUACAGACACACACCCUUAUCUCUCCUCCCUUUCUCUCACUAGAAAAACUCCAUUUCGAAACUGAAAUGGAGAAGGAAGCGGCGAUUUCCUGCCACAAACCAAUCUCAAUUUUGCCCGAGACCAAUCUUCAGCUACGCAAACAAAUUAUCCAAAAAGGGAUUUCAUGGCAAACUCCAAUCCCAGGUGAUGAAGUUGAAGUUCAUUACCAUGUGAGAUUGCAAGAAGGGGGCUACUUGGAUUCGAGUUGGGAGAGAGGGAGGCCUUUUAAGUUCAGAUUAGGACAGUGUGAGGUGAUAAAGGGAUGGGAUGAAGGGAUUGGGACAAUGAGAAAGGGAGAGAGAGCUGUCUUCACAAUCCCGCCAGUUUUGGCCUAUGGUGAGGCUGGCUCUCCUCCUUUUGUCCCUCCAAAUUCGACUCUAGUUUUCGACGUGGAGUUGAUCUCUUGGUGCCCUAUUAGGGAUGUUUGUGGUGAUGGAGGUGUUAUGAAGAAGAUUGUGAGGGAAGGAGAGGGGUGGGCCACUCCAAAUGAAGCUGAUGAAGUGUUUGUUAAGUAUGUAGCAAAAGAUGAGAAUGGGAUAGUUGUCUCCAAAUGUCAUGAAGGGUUGGAGUUCUCUUUGACAAAUGGCCAUCUUUGCCCUGCAAUGAGUAAAGCUGUGAGGACUAUGAGGAAGGGAGAAAAAGCUGAGCUAUCUGUGAAGUUUUCUUAUGGCCUAAUUCAGAGUUCAAGAAAUGAUGAAAUGCCACCACCCCAUCAAAAUCUGAUCAUCUAUCUUGAGCUGGUGUCAUGGAAUGCUGUCAUUGAUGUCAAAGGAGAUGACAGCACGGUCCUAAAGAAGAUCACGAAGCAGGGCGAGGGAUUUGAUCGUGCCAGUGAAGGAUCCCUUGCAAGAGUGGUUUGCCUCAAGAAACUUGAAGAUGGCACGGUUGUGGAUAGGCGUGGAUCAGAAGACGAGCCUCUCGAGUAUGUGUGUGGAGAAGAAGAGGAAAUCGAUGAAGGUUUGGACAGAGCUGUAAUGACGAUGAGGAAAGGAGAAGAAGCUGUAGUGAAGAUCAAAUCUGCAGAAGCUUCAUUUCAUUAUCAAAUCAAACUCAUUGACUUCAUUAAGGAGAAGCCCUUUUGGAAAAUGGAUGCUCAAGAAAGAAUAGCAAUGUGCAAAUUAAAGAAGCAAGAAGGAAACACACUCUUCAAAAAAGGGAAAUUCCAACUUGCCUCAAACAAGUAUAACAAGGCCUUAAAUUACGUCGAAUACAACCAUUCCUUCAGCCAUCAAGACAAGGUUGAGGGAAACUCUUUGAGAGCGUCGUGCUUUUUAAACAACGCAGCAUGCAAGCUGAAGCUAGGAGAGUAUGAAUAUGCAUCAAGACUUUGCACCAAGGUUCUUGAGCUUGAUUCGUGCAACGUUAAGGCUUUGUUCAGACGAUCCCAGGCAUAUAUAAGAACAUGUGAUCUAGACAAAGCUGAAGAUGAUAUUAACAGAGCUCUGUCCAUUGAUCCCCACAAUAGAGAUGUGAAGAUGAAAUACAAGGAGGUGAAAGAAAAACGAAGGGAAUAUGUUAAACAUGAAGCCAAGAUUUUCAGCUCCAUGAUAUCAAGGAUAAGUUGAGUUGUUUGAUUUAAUGCUAAAGAGUAAUAAGUAUUACUCCCUCCGUCCCAUCUACCUUGAGAUAGUUUUUAUUUUGGGCGUCCCACCUAUUUUGAGACAUUUCCUUAUUUAGCAAAAGUUUUACCCUUUAUUCA